ACAUCCCUCUAUUGCAAACACAAUAUCUUAAACCACAGACAAACUUUAAGCACUUCUGAUAACGUGGGAGUUUAAUGCUGAUGAAUGACAACAUUGUUUUUUUUAUUGCAAUCAAUUUGAAACAUACUUUGGGGACUUUUAGUGUUUUUUGUUUGUUUAACACGACUGAACUUCGGCCAGCCAUGUGAUCCAUAAUCUUUGGAGGACAAAAAAAACAAGGUUUUCUUGUGGUUCCUGCUCUCCACAGAGUCGACAUCAUGAAAUUUUUGGAGCUUUUUGGGCGUCUUAAAUCCGUGGUUAUUGGAAUGAUUCACGUGAAAGCCUUACCAGGCACCCCCCUUGGUUGUAUGAAAAUGUCCCAAAUCAAAGAGGAAGCGUGCAGGGAGGCAGAAAUCUACCGCGAUGCAGGGAUUGAUGGUUUGAUCAUUGAGAACAUGCACGAUAUCCCGUACUCUUUCUCUGUGGGGCCUGAGGUGUGUGCCUGUAUGACUGCAGUGUGCUCUGCUGUGAGAGGGGUCUGUCCGUCCCUGCCGCUCGGAGUCCAGAUACUGUCCUCUGCGAACCAGCAGGCCCUGGCUGUAGCUCUGGCUUCAGGUCUGGAUUUCAUCAGAGCUGAGGGUUUUAUUUUUUCCCACGUGGCCGAUGAGGGCUUCCUGAACGCCUGCGCCGGAGACCUGCUAAGAUAUCGAAAGCAGAUCGGAGCUGAGCAUGUGCAGAUCUUCACUGACAUCAAAAAGAAACACAGCUCCCAUGCGCUGACAUCAGACGUGAGCAUUGAAGAGACGGCGCGGGCCGCAGAGUUCUUCCUCUCAGACGGACUCAUCAUCACAGGGACGGCGACAGGAGUGCAGGCUGACCCGAGGGAGCUCCGAGAGGUUUCCCAGUCUGUGAAGAUCCCAGUUCUUAUAGGCUCCGGAGUGACUUAUGAAAACAUCCAACAUUACAUCGGAUCAAACGGCAUGAUCGUCGGCUCUCAUUUCAAGGACGGGGGUCGAUGGGCCAAUGCAGUCGACCCGGAGAAAGUGAAGAGGUUCAUGGGAAAGAUACGCGAGCUCCGAAAAUGAGAGGGACGUUUUUCUGCCAUCGCACAAAAAGAAAACAAAUUCCAUUAAACAACCACUGUAUGUGUGUCGUCCCUCAACCACCGCCGCCCUCGUUCAUGCACGACCUGCUCCGACCUGCACCUCAGCAGCAAGGAAGUGUGGACAACA